AUUAGGCGCUUUUCAAGGCUAUUAAAGCUAGUAGUGAUUAAGACUAGGAGCCGUCUCUUCGACUUCAUACUGUCUUUCCAGUUUCCUCUUCUCUAAUCGUUAUAAAACAGUAUGUUUUGUGUUUCUUCUUCUCCCACUCGUGUCUAGUCCUGAAUAGAUUUAAGUUUGUCUUAAUAGGCACGUUAAAAUUUUAUCUCGUUUCGUAAUAGUUAUGUCUUACGUUCCUCCACAUAAACGACAUGAAAACGUUGCACUCAGGGCAUCCUCUGUUCCACCUUCACUUCCUACAAAACACAAAAAUACAAAGAUAAUCUACGCAAAUGAUUUCAUUUCCAGGUGGUUUCUCGUUGGUUCAGAGCACAACAACAACAGCUUUCAACUUGUGCCCGUUUCUCCAGAGUGGAGGAGAUGGCCAGAAGACAAAUCGUUGGUAAUCUUAGUGAAGAGCGAGUCCGAAAAACUGGGAACUCCAUGGCUAUGGGUAGCAGAGAAGGUUGAGAACGAUCUUAUAUUGGGAUUUGGUAGGGCAAAGAAGAUGCUUCUACGUUAUGCAUCAGAGGAUGUUAACCUCAGAUUGAUCGCUCGGUUUGGCACUUUAAGAGAUGAAAACGUAACUAAAAGGGUACUGGAAAAACUCAAGAAAUCAUUUAAUACAAAUGUUCCGAAGUCAUAUGUCGAGAACGUUGCGUAUGGAGUUGUUCCUAAGAUGGGACUCUCUGUUGAAGAGACCAAGGAGUUGUAUCAUGUGAAGGUAUUUGACGACACUCGUCCUGAUAUAACCAUCUCUUGUAAAUGUAUGGCUGAGCUUAAUGCUCUGAGGCACUUAACUCUCGAUGUAUCAUGCCUUGAUCAAGACCUUGACAUGAGACUGUCGGUUGAUUCAAAAAGGACACUAACUAAUCUAUCAGAGAAUGAAAUCAAGAAUCUUAAAGAACUGACAGAUUCAGCAGUGAUAGAUACUAAUGUGAAAGGUGGGUUAAAAUGGCCGCUUGGGAAAUCAUCAUGUGGUGAUCGUUAUAGCGUCUGCGGUGUGUGGCAUACCGUCACAACAGCAUACAGGAACUCUAGUUUGAGGCUUCAAGUCCGAGAGGCUGAUCGGUAUGAUUUCAGAACUGGAAUUGGAGGAAGUUCGAGGGAAGUUUUUCUCAAGCUAAAAGCCUUAAGCAAAUUACUAAAGGAGGAAGAUGCGGAGAGGAAAUGUGUUUCGGACAUGCUGAAAGAUUGUCUGGAAACAGUGUGGGACUACUUUUUGAAGACACAAGUGUAGUCACUGUUGUUUUCUUGUGUGUUUGCAUGCUUUUGCCACUCUACUCCAAACUUUGCUGCUUUGACACAUUUUGGCUCAUUUUUAAUUGGGAGAAUUGCUAAAAUCAACCCAAAAGUUGAUUGCAACCCUAAAAGUAGACCCCAUAUUCAAUCAAUUGCAAACCCAACCUAAAGGGGUGUUAAAACUACUAUUUAGUCCUUGCGACUAAACAAAAAAAUAUAAAGUCAUUUUACUGUUCUGUCCUUCGUAAGUCUACACAUAACAAACAUAGUCUACAUAUCCGUAGACAUCAUACACAGUCUACAUUGUCGACUUAAUUUGUAGUCUACGUUGUAAUUUAAUCUAGUUAAUUACUUUUAAAAAUAUAUAAAAUUAUUUUUUAUGAAAUUAUUAAUUAAUCAUCAAUGUAAAGGUUAAUAUGAAGUUUAUAAACUAAAUUUGUAUAUAAGUGAACAACUAAAAAGAAUAUAUGUUGAUUUGGUAACCAUGUGUGUUCAUGGUUUAGUAACAAAAGGUUACAUAACAUGUUAUAUCUAUCUUUAGGGUUAGAUUUAGAUUGAUUUUUUUUUUGUUCAGAUUAACAUAUUAUUACUGAAUAGUUUAUAUUUUGUAAAUUUUAUAUUUGAUACAAUAAUUUCCUAUCAAACUAACAUAUAGGUUUGAGUUUCGUGGUUUAGGGUUUGAGUUUUGUGGUUUAGGGUUUUAUAGAUUUACAAUUCAGUCUACUUUAAUAAGUGUACAAAAAGUCAUUUUUUCUUCUAUAAAUUGAGUUUAUGAAUAAAAAAAAGUGAAAUCACACAUUGUAACUAUUAAUAAAUAAAAAAAGAAAUUUAGUAUUUCAUAUAUAAAUUUACUAAAACAACAAUAUAAAAUAGAAAUUAAAAUAUUGUAGACUGAUAAAAGGUCAACUCUCAUCGAAUUUAACCUAACCGGAGUGAACCAAGUAAAUUCUAACCAAAUUCAAUCUUCUCUCCGGUAAGUAAAUCUCUCCGGUUUAGUGUCUGUCGACGUAUCAAGCUAGCAUUUUAGGAUUUGAGUUUUGUGGUUUAGGGUUUCGUAGACUUAAAAUUUAGUCUACUUUCAAAUGAAUGUAUAAAAACAAUUAUUUUUGGGAAAGUUUUAUUUUCCCGCUUAAAAUUUUCCCGCUUUGAAUAUUAUUUUUUUCAGAAUUUUUUUUUUUGAAAUUUUACAUAAUAAUAUAUUUUGCUUUAUUAUAUUAAAAUGCAAAACCCUAAUCUCAUAAUUUUUUCUCUCUCUCUCACGGCGCUCUUCCUCCUCUUCUCAUCUUCUCAUGAACUCAAGAUCCGACUCAAAUCUCUCACGCCGGACCACCUCUCUCACGGCGGAGGAAGAUGGAGAAGAAGUUUGACGGAGGAGCAUGGUCUCACGUCUCCAGAUAUAUGCCGCUCUUUAUCUGAAAAGAGUUGUGUUGAAGUCUCGAUUUUGAGGAAGAGGAACGAGGAUCUGGUUAAAGGUCUGACUUUUCCUUUUUGGUAUGAAGGAGAAGGAGUUACCAGAAACUAACACAGUCCAUGUCCGAGCUGGACGAUGUUGUAUCCGUAGGUUCAAGGACUAUGAGAAGCAGUUACCAGAAUCCAAAGUUUUGGCGAAAGAGGCUGGCAUUGAUGAAGAUAUGGCUGGGGAGCUUCGAAAACAACUUAAGCUGAUGUUUACUUUUUCCCACCAUCCUCUUGACGCCAGAAACAUAUUGCUUUAAGGUAACUCGUGGAGAAGAAGCUGUAAUUUGGACUGGUGACCUUGUAGUGGUUAUGCAAUGCAAUGCAUGCAAGUUACCGCAUGAACCUUGUUUGGCUCGUGAAGUGACUCAAAGAAGAUCAUCUAGCGACUAGCUUGAAAGAUUCAUGUUGUUGAAGACUGUAAUGUCUAUUCUCAUGUUUAUGAUCUAUAUGUGUACCCUUUCAGUUGUGAUUGAUUGCUUUUGUAAACUUGCCAAGAGAAAUCGCGAGUAGUUACAGUCUUAUCCAUC